GAUAGAAGGGUGAAUAUCCAGCGGUGUCGUGGCGCGUGGAAUUGUAGGCGAACGUGACAAUAUAAAUCUGCUUCACUGAGAGUUGAACGUUCCGCGCCGUAGCUGGGUAGCCAGGCGCGCUGACGCGAGGCCACCCAAGCGCGCGAUAACAGGGAGGAGCUGUUCCCCGAGAUCACGCCGCCUUUCGACGCGUACGAGCCAUGCCGCACCGUCUCCGCAUGCGUGGGCCCGUGAACGUGAGCUUGCGCGCCUCCGCAAGCGUACGUGUGAUCUGGACUUAAGAGCUGCGCUCUAAAAAAAUAUGGAGGGAGUGGGAGUCUUGGACUGUAUUUCAGAGGAAAAGCCUCCACUAUUAUAUAUUAUAGGCUGCUGAGCCUUUUUAUUUUGCUUCGAGUUCUGUAUAUGUAGGGAAAAACAAAAAGAAAGAAGAAAGAACGAAACAGGCAGACUGAACUCCAAUUGACACCUACCCAAAGCGAAGCAUAGUAGUAAUAGUAGUGAUUUUAAGAUGAAAGGAAGAGAAAAGUGCAGUGCCGUAACUGUCUCUCAAGGGAGGGCACCUCAACAGCACUGCACGGGGUAAGGGGAGUGGGGAGAAAAAGAUUAGAGAGAGAACGAAAGAGAGCGAAAAAAAAAUAAAAAAAAAACAAGAAGGUUAAAGAAGAAGCAAAGCGGCGCUUACAGCCGCGCUCUCAGCUGAGUCUCGUCACAAAAGCCAAGGAGGGCAGCAAGCGCUCUCUUGGCGAUGGAGGCGGGGGCUGCGGGAAAUAGGAGAUCACCCUCCGUGCUGCACGGUAGUCCGACUCGGCGAUAUGAAGCACAGAGCGCGGUGCGCUCAACGUCGAAGGAUGGGCAACGCAGGAGAAGGUGUUCCAGUGUCUCAUGCUCGCCGCAUUCCGUACACGCGGGGCUGCCUGUUCCGUGCAGUCUGUGCAAUCGGGCGGCCGUGCUGUAGCAGCCGACGCGCAGCCGCAGGAGAAAGGAGCGAUCCCAGCGGGAGAGGCCGGUGCGGGGGAGCAGGCGAGGGGGCGUCCCCGCAGCAACACAAGCUGCAAGUCCAGUUCCGAGAAUACGCCCACCAAUUGUUCGUCAACGCAACCUUCGUAGGCGACGUUGUGCACGAGCGUGUCACCAGCAUGGUCGGCUCAAUUGUGCCGCUAUUCAUGUACCCGUUCAGCGACUACACCGAUGACGAGGUCGGCCAGUAUCCCCUCACCAGACUGGUGUACACGGUGAGCAUCUGGCUAGCAAAACAGGGCGCGUUGCAGUGCAUAGUUGUGUGGAACAAGCAAAACGGCCAGCUUAGCUGGUGCCGAGCCGCAGUUGCGCACCCUGGCGCGCUUUAUUUACUUGCUGGAGUCUCGGUAGUUUCCAGAAAAAAGCUGUGGACUUUAAUCAAGCUGCCCAAUCCGGUGAACGUGCCACCGAAUGCUUCGUUCUGGGAGCACCUUCGCUUGGUCAAGGAGGCCAUCUUUGAUGUCGGCAUGCGCGACGACUUCAACAACUACAACCUCUCAUGGAUUCACUUCAGCCCCUUGGAAUAUGAGCCCUACUUUGCUUGGCACACUGGAUCAGUGUAUAUACCGCCGCUCUACUACCAGAGGAUAUCGACCAUGAUAGACUCCAAGGAAGAUGAGGGCAUUCCGCUGGAUUUGCCCAUAUUCUGGUUUGGCGUGCUCCGACAAGUUAUGACAAUUAUGUCGCGACGGGGUGUGUUGUACGAAAAGAACGGUCAUCACCGACAGACCCUUGGCUUCGCCACCGACAAACUUUGGAGUAACGGUCAUCCCUGCAUAGAGGCCAUGCUCAGAUCUAUCGGGGCCAGGGGUAUGGAUGAGGAGUACGAUUACUUACCGGGGGAGCCAUACCUCGUCAAUUUCCUCUACGAGCACUUCAUAUCCAAGGUUGAUAGUUGGAGAAAGAGAAGCAAGCCGGGCGCGGAUAAAGUAUUCCUGCAUGACAACCCGGAGAUCACCUUGGACAAGCUUUUCGCCAUCGGUUUGGGAAGUAACUUCUGCCGAAAAGAAGACAGCGACAUAGAGAAAUUCUACCAGGCAAAGCCUCCAAACAUUAACUAUAAGCAAAGGUUGAUGUACUUAAUACUUACCUGGCUGAAGUUCCGCGAUGUUUUCAACUGUACAGGGACCGACAAGUACGUGGCUGAUGGUCACAAACCGUGUUACCCUUACUAGUCCAGUGAUCGACCAGAAGACAAGUCGUGUCACCUUGAACAUCUUCAAUAAAACUGUGUUUCGG